CCCCGCCCCUCCGGGUUGGAGCCCGCGCGUGUUGUGUGACGCCCGCUCACCAGCGUCGCUUCCGGACUGUCUCUGGUAAAGUUUAUCUUUCUCUCCAAACGCAGAGACAGAAAAGAGCAACAUUUUUAAGGGGACGUCAUUCUUCACUCCUUUUUCCCCAAAGGUACAUGUAAAGAAUGGUUUUUAUGUUGAUCUUCUGUGACAGGAAGGGAGCUGCAGAGGGAGGAAGAGAGGAAACCUAGUUUGCGGUGCUGCCUGCCACUUCCCCGUUGCCUAGUAACUGUUUCCACGGCAACCACGCCGUCAACAACGCUAAGCAAUCCCAGGAGUGAUAGAAAAGUUAUUUUAUUUUCUUCCCAAGAGAGGACCGCUUAGAGGAGGUCAAAGGGGAAUUGUGUGACACACAGAAGCCUUAGUUCCUUGAGAAGGCAGGAGAGUAGGAGAGGAAAGGGGGAGCAGUGAAGAAAGGGAUGGAGAUAUUGGUAUAGUGAGAAAAAAGCUGAGUAGUUUUAAGGAAUCAUUUGGUGGCCAUGGAUCCAACGUACUCUUCUGAGAGCAUUUAUAACCUCAUACCCAGUGACUGGAAGGAGCCUCCUCAGCCUCCUAGGUACAUAUCAAUUUUUAAGGCAACUGUAAAAGAUGACAUGCAGAAAUUUAAAACUGCAAUGAAAACCAUGGGACCAGCAAAACUUGAAGUACCUUCUCCAAAGGAUUUCUUGAAGAAACACUCUAAGGAAAAAACUCUACCACCCAAAAAAAAGUUUGAUCGGCAUGAGCCCAAAAAGCCUCCUGUGCCAUUGAGAACUGAACAUCCAGUCAUGGGAAUACAGAGUGAAAAAAACUUUAUAAAUACAAAUGCAGCCAAUGUCAUUAUGGGAGUGGCUAAAAAGCCUAAACCAGUUUAUGUUGACAAAAGAACUGGGGACAAGCAUGACCUUGAAACUUCAGGACUAGUUCCAAAGUACAUCAAUAAAAAGGAUUAUGGUGUCACGCCUGAAUAUAUAUGUAAGCGAAAUGAGGAAGUGAAGAAAGCCCAAGAAGAAUAUGAUAACUAUAUCCAGGAAAACCUCAGGAAAGCAGCUAUGAAAAGACUGUCUGAUGAAGAAAGGGAGGCGGUUCUGCAGGGGCUGAAAAAGAACUGGGAGGAGGUGCAUAAGGAGUUCCAGUCCCUCUCAGUCUUCAUCGACUCCAUACCUAAGAAGAUGCGCAAGCAGAAGCUAGAAGAAGAGAUGAAGCAGCUGGAGCAUGACAUUGCUGUCCUCGAAAAGCACAAAAUCAUUUAUAUUGCUAAUAAGAAAUAGUGGACUUUUUAAAUGUGGUCAUAUUAACAUAGGAGAAACCAUGGAAAACAUAAAAAUGAAACCAUGAGUUUUUCAAAAAAGAAAAUACCAUGAAGAGUAUAAAAAUGGCCUUUACCAAAAUGCUUAGGCAAUGUUUAAAGAGUAAUUGGUUUAUUUACUUAUGCAGAGAAAAAAUUUUUUUACUAGUGUCAAGGCUUCCAUAUAUAACCUGAUAAAAGUUUGAUAUUAGGUUUUCUAGCUCUGUAGCAUAAUUCAUUAUUACUAUAUGCUUGUUUUAGAGAAACAUUUCUGGGCCCUGAAAAAAUAAAGUCAGCACUCAGAACUUCACAUUUUUUCUAAACUGCAUAAUACAAGGAACACAACAUUAAAAACUGGUAAAGUAUUUUGCAUUGGAAAUAGUGGCAUAAGCUUUUUUUACUGCUCUGAAGUGUUUUCUACCUAUUGUUUCAGAGAUCCACAAAUGACAUACAUUCUCCAGUAGCCUGUGUCAUGUGUGGCUAUUCACACCUAUAAACAUUUUUAAUGUCCGUGAUGUUAUAUAGGCUGAGAGUUUUACAUUUGGAGGAAGGAAAAUUAAGAAGACAACAUAAAAUCAAGGAGACAUGUAUCACUGAGGACUGUGACCGAGAAUAGCCUCCUUCCCGACAUUCAGCUUUUAAAACCUUUGCUAUUCUAGGUGCUUUAUCCCAUAAAUUACUAUAUGUAUUUCACUAAAACGGGAUGUUACUUUUUCUUUUCGGUUUUCCCUAUUUUGUGAACUCUAAUGUUUCUUUUUGUAAGGUUACAUAAUUUAUUAGGCCAUAAGUUUAUGUAAGUAGAGCUCUCUUCAACUCAAAAUAAAUAAGCAUAUAAAUAUCCAAGAAGGAAAAGAUUCUUUUAUGAAAUUUUAAAUUGGAGAAAUUUGGUAAAAAUAUAUAAAACGACCAAAUAUCAGAGCAAUAACAAUUUCUACUGAAAUAACAAUGCUUACACUGAUUUUUAUCCUAUAGAAAAAAAAAUGACAUUUUUUUCCCCAAGCUUUUUCACAAAGACAGAAUUUGGGACCAUUGUAGAAAAGCUUACUUUAAAGAAAGAUUUGUCUAUACAAAUAUUUUUGAAAACUCUCUUUAAACUUUUUUUCACAUCUCUUUAUAAGCAUCAUUUCUUUAUUCCUUUCUUAUUUUAGGACAGAUAUAAAGUAAAGAAUAGUACAGUUGACCCUUGAACCACACAGGAGUUGGGGGCACUGAUCCUUCACAGAGUUGAAAAUCUGUAUAUAAUUUAUAGUCACCCCUCUGUAUCCUUGGUUCUUUGUAUUUAUGUUUCCCUAUGUGUGGAGUCAACCAGCCACAGGUCGGGUAGUGCCCUAAUGUUGACUAUUGAAAAGAAUCCACAUGUAACUGGACCCACAGAAUUCAAACCUGUGUUGUUCAAGGGUCAACUGCGUUUGGUAAAUUCUCAUUUAUCCCAGAAUGGUCAGAUGGUUGCUAUUUGGGGAAGGCUAACAGCUGUAACAAUAAAUUUAUUUAAACACAAGAGAAACUCAUUUCUGGCUCACAUAACGGUACUGUGCUGUGAAGAGAUCAGCAACAUCCCUUUUCCACAGUCGCUCAGGGGCCCAGAUUUGGGAGUGGGUGGGCUUCCUGCUAUGACCUGUACGUGGAUUGGCGUGUACAGGUCAGACCUAGAAAGGAGACAUCAUUUUCACCAGCAUUUUCUAAGUCAGCAACAUGGGUUGCUUUAACAAACCACCUCCAAAUCUUUGUUGUCUGAUUUUUAAAAAGAUAAAAUUCUCAUUUACAUCACAUCCAAUGUGAAUGAGGGUGGGAGUAUACUCUUUUCCUCACUGUCAGUCAAGGAUGCAGCCUCCGUUUAGCUAGUUAAGGAUAAAAUAUUCAGGUCAGUAUUUUACUUGUAAGAUGAUUCCUAUAUACAUACUAAUUUUUAAUUCAAAAUCAGUAGCAAUGCAAAAAUAUUCCAAUUAGUUCAGCCUUAAGAUGGUUAUAUUUUGGAGUCAUGAAUGAGAGUUGCCUUCAAUGUUAAAAUGAUCACUUUGUGUUUUUAACAGAUGCUUUUUCUCUUACUUUCUCUCCAGUUAUGUAAAAGAACCUAGACAUUUAUUGGUGGCCCACAAUGUUGUGCUAGAUAGAUUUUAUUGCUUUUCACACUUACAGACUUUCUAGGGAAAAUUUCCCAUCCAUUCAUCCUGGGAAGGCUCGCCCUACCCUGGGAUCAUAACCUUGAAGAACUCCAGUGCAUUCUCCUCACAUACACCGCCCCCCCAACCCCAACACACACGUGAACCUGGGUUACCCUACCGGCAAGAGGAGGGAGACUCAGGUGGUUAGCCGGUCACAGACCACAUGCUAUGUCUUGAGAACAUGGAUUAAGAGACACAGAGAUUUGAUGUGGUUUGGCCCUUUGCCAUUUUUGUGUAGUUGAGUGAUAUUAAAUACAUUUAUAAUGUUGAACAGCCAUCACCAUCAUCCAUCUCCAUAACUGUUUUCAUCUUGUAAAGCUGAAACUCUGUACCCUUUAAACAAUAACCUCAUUUCCCUCUUCCCUUCAGCCCCCAGUAACCACUAUUCUACUUUUUGUUUCUAUGGUUUUGACAACCGUGAGUACCAUGUGUGACUGGAAUCAUACAGUAUGUAUCUUUUAAUGACCGGCUUAUGUCACUUACAAAUUAUCCUAACGGUUUAUUCAUACUGUAGCAUGUUGCAGAAUUUCCUCCUUUGUAAGGCUAAAUAAUACUCCACUGUAUGUUUAUAUCACAUUUGGCUUACCCAUUCCCUCUGUCAGUGGAAUGCUUCCACAUUUUAGCUGUUGUGAAUAAUGCUGCUAAGAACAUGGGUAUACAGAUGCCUCUUUAAGACCCUGCUCUCAAUUCUUUUGGGUAUAUUUCUAAAAGAUUUGCUAGAUCAUAUGAUAAUUCUAUUUUAAGUUUUGAGGAACUGUCAUACUCUUUUCCAUAGCAGCUAUACCAUUUUUCAUUUCCACCAGUGCUGUAGAAGGGUUACAGUUUCUCUACAUCUUUGUUGUUUUCUGGUUUGCGGGGGCAGUCGUACUAAUAGGUGUGAAGUGGUUCAUCACUUUAGUUUCGAUUUGCAUUUCCCUCCUGGUUAGUGAUGUUAAGUAUAUUUUCUUGUGCUUAUUAGGCAUUUGUAUACCUUCUGUAGAGAAAUGUCUAUUCCAGUCCUUUGUCCAUUUUUAUUUUAUUUAUUUAUUUUUGCUUUUUGGGGCUGCUCCUGUGUCCUAUGAAAUUUCCCAGGCCAUUGGUCCAGUUGGAGCAGCAGCUGCCAGCCUAUGCCACAGCCAUGCCAGAUCCGAGCCACGUUUGCAACCUACACCACAGCUCACUGCAAUGCUAUAUCCUUAACCCACUGAGCAAGACCAGGUAUUGAACCCGCAUCCUCAUGGGUACUUCAGGCUGAUAUUCCACUGAGCCACAACAGGAUUGCCCAUUUUUAAAUUGGAUGUUUGGUUUUCUGUUGUUGAGUUUUAGGGGUUUUCUAUAUAUUCCGGAUAUUAAUCUUUUAUCAGAUGUAGGAUUUGCAAAUAUUUUCGUUUAUGGGUAGCCUUUUUCCUUAUGAAUAGUGUCUUUUUUUAAUUUUUUUUUCUUUUUUGGCCACACCUGUGACAUGCAGAAGUUCCCAGGCUAGAGAUCAAACCUGUGCCACAAUAGUGACGAUACUCGAUUGUUAACCACUAGGCUACCAGGGAAUUCCCAUUCACACUGUUUUUGGACGAGCAAAAAUUUUCAAUUUUCAUGAAGUCCAACAUGUCUUUUUUUUCUUUUGAAACAUGUUCUUUGGUGUAAUAUCCAAGAAAUCACUGCCAAAUCCAGUGUUGUAAAGGUUUUGUCCUGUGUUUUUUUCUCCUAAGUGUUUUAUUGUUUCAAAUCUUACAUUUAGGUCUUUGAUCCAUUUUGAACUAAUGUUUGGUAAGGGUCUAAUUUCAUUCUUUUAUGUAUGUAUGUCCAGUUUCUCAGCAUCAUUAGUUAAAAAAGACUGUCCUUUUCCCAUUGAGUGAUCUUGAAACUCUUGUCCAAAAUAAUUUCACCAUAUAUGUAAGGAUUUAUUUCUGGGCUCUCUAUUCUAUUCCAUUGGUAUUUAUGCUAGCAUCACACUUUUUAAUUACCAUAGCUUUGUAAAAUCAGAAAGUGUUAAAUCCUCCAGUUUUGUUCUUUUUCAAGAUUGUUUUGGCUGUUUGGAGUCCCUGGAUAUUCCACAUGGAUUUAGGAUAGGUUCUUUUUCUGCAAAAAAAAAAAAAAAAAGUCAGGAUUUUGAUAGUUAUUGUAUUGAGUCGAGAGAUUGGUUUGAGUAAUGUUGACAUUUUGACUAUAUUGUCUUUUGGUCCAUGAACAUGGGAUGUAUUUCCAUAUAUUUUUGUCUUUUUUAUUUUAUUUAUUUAUUUUGAUUUUUAGGGCCAUUCACGCAGCAUAUGGAGGUUCCCAGGCUAGAGGUCCAGUCGGAGCUACAGCCACUGGCCUACGCCACAGCCACAGCAACAUCAGAUCUGAGCCAAGUCUGAAACCUACACCACAGCUCAUGGCAAUGCCAGAUCCUCAACCCACUGAGUAAGGCCAGGGAUCGAACUCACAAUCUGAUUGUUCCUAGUAGGAUUCAUUUCUGCUAUGCCACAAUGGGAACUCCUAUCUUUGUCAUGUUUAAUUUCUUUCAGCAGUAUUUUGUAAUUUUCAUUAUACAAGUCUUUCACCUCCUUAGUUAAGGAGAGUUAAGUAUAUGUAAUGCUAUUGUGAGUGGAAUUGUUUUUGUCAUUUUCUUUUAAGAUUGGUCAUUGUUAGGUUUUAGAAAUACAACUGAUUUUCAUAUGUUGGCCUUCCAUCUUGCUACUUUGCUGAGUUCUGUUAUUAAUUCUAGCAGUUUUUUGGUGUAUGAAAUUUUUAGAGUGUUCUACAUGGAAUAUCAAAUAAUCUCCAGGUAAUUUUACUUUUUUCUUUCCAAUUUAGAUGCCUUUAUUUAUAUCUUUUUCUUGCUUAAUUGCUCUGGGGAGAAAUUCCAAUACUGUGUCGAAGAGAAGUGGUGAAAGCAAGCAUCCCUGCUGUGUUCCUGAUCUUGUGGGAAAAGCUUUCAGUUUUCAUCCCUAUGAUGUUCACUGUAGGUUUUUUUUGGUUUUGGGUUUUGUUUUGUUUUGUUUUGUUUUUGCUUUUUAGGGCCUUACCUGCAGCUCAUGGACCUUCCCAGGCUAGGGGUCCAAUUGGAGCUGUAGCUGCCAGUCACAGCCACAGCAACACGGGAUCCAAGCCACAUCUGCAACCUACACCACAGCUCAUGACAAUGCCAUAUCCUCACUGAGUGAGGCCAUGGGUCAAACCCAUGUUCCCAUGGAUACUAGUCGGGUUCAUUACCUCUGAGCCACAACAGGAACUCCACCUUGGGUUUUUAAUGUAUGCGUUUUAUUGAGAGAAGUUCCUUCUAUUCCUAGUUUGGGGUUGUUUUUUCUUGUUUUUAUAAUGAAAAGGUGUUGUGAACAUAAGAGAUAUCUCUUGAAUGAUCAGUGCUUUAUCUCCGAGUUAUCAAGUUAUGUGGGAGGAAAAAUCAUAGUCAAAAGGGUAUCUUGGCUACAACUGAGUUAAAAGUAAUUUAAUUAGAUUAUGAAAAUCCCUUCAGCUAACAUAGUUCAUUCAUUGUCAUUCAAUAAAUACUCAUUGUAUGCUACAUGCUAGGAACUGUUGUGGUUGCUGGGCAGAAGAAUGAACAAAAUAACUGUUGGAAGACAACAAUAAUCACACAAAUGCAUUUUUUUUUUCUUUUUAGGGCACACUCGUGGCAUAUGGAGGUUCGCAGGCUAGUCGUCUCAUGGGAGCUAUAGCCACUGGCCUACACCGCAGCCACAGCAAUGCCAGAUCCAAGCCACAUCUGCAACCUACACCACAGCUCACAGCAAGGCUGGAUCCUUAACCCACUGAGCAGGCCAGGGAUCAAACCUGCGAUCUCAUGGUUCCUAGUCGAAUUCAUUUCUUCUGAGCCAUGACGGAAACUCCACAAAUGCAUUUAAAAUUAGAAAUUGAAAUUAGUGAUUUAAAUGUAAAAAUUAGGAGACAUUUAGCCAAGGUAUAUCAAGGGGGUCCUAAAUCAGAUUUUAUAGUUAAGGGGAUGCAUUUCUGAGGAUCCGAUUUUAAAAUAGACUAAAUGAGUAGAAGUUGGGAGAGACAGGAAAGAGAAAAAUUAUGGCAAGAAAAAAAACCCAAGCAGAGAGAAUAAAAAGUGCAAAGGAUAUGGGGCAGGAACCCCUCAACCCAUAGGAGGAAGGCUGGAGUUUACUUAGAGAAGGAGAAAGGUACAAAGUGAAGUUGAAGGGGGAAACAGGAUCCAUUGGUGUGUUUUAGGCAGAGAAAUGGCAUGAUGCAAAAAGUUUGGGUUUUUCUUUGCCUUGUUUUAGAGAUGCACCUGUGGCACACAGAAGUUCCUAGACUAGGGGUCGAAGCAUAGCUACAGCCACUGGCCUACACCACAGCCACAGCAAGGUGGGAUCCGAGCCACAUCUGCAACCUACACCACAGCUCAUAGCAACGUUGAAUCCUUAAUCCACUGAGCAAGGCCAGAGAUCAAACCCACAUCCUCAUGGAUACUAGUUGGAUUCAUUUCCACUGGGCCACAGCGGGAACUCCCAAAAAGUAUUUUUAAUGAUCACUUGCUACAUGAAUUGAAGUGGAAGAAUGAAUGAGUGUGGGGAGAUUAGAUGAUCAUAGUUCUCUAGGUAAAGAAGAGGGUGGCAUAGACCAAGACCGUGGUAGUGAAGACAGAGUAGCUGUUGGCCUCCAGGAAUAUUUAAGAAGUGAAAAUGUAACUUGGUGAUGGAUUGAGAGGGGAAGAAGAGAGAGGUUUCGGGAUGACAACCACAUUUCUGGGCAGUAGAUCACCUGGGCAAUGAAGGCGCCACUGUCUGAGUUGGAAAAAUAUGAAGGAGGAGCAGAUUGGAGGAAGUUACAGUGAAGAGAUCAAGAGUAUAACUUUUGCCGUGUAUUUAAUAAUUUUGUGACAUCUAGUGGGAAAUUCAGACAGAUAUUUGAGUCAGAAAAGAGACCUGGGGUAGAGUGAUAAAUCUCAAAAUUCAACAGCAUGAAUGUGAUCACCUUGGUGUCUCAUUAUGAAUGGAUAUAUACCUAUACGUGUGUGUAUGUAUAUGAGAUACACAUGUAUACGUAUGUGAUAUAUAUGGAUGGAUAUAUAUAUAUCACACAAAAUACACCUAAUUAUAUAUAUUAUGUAUACAAAUAUAUUUCACUUUUUAAAAACUAAAGAGCACACAAUAACAAUUGCCUUUUUCAGUCAAUAAGCUCAUUUUUUAUCAAUACACAGUGUUCUUCAUUCCUAUUUGUGGAUGUUUGGUGUGAAAUUGUAUGGGUAUAUAUAAUAUAAUUUACCAGCACCCUAUUUGUAAGCAUUGAAGUGAUUUAAUUUGUUUUCAAUAUUUGCCAUUAAAAGCAAUGCUGCAGUAA